AUGGCGUCAAGCAGUAAGCAGGGUGAUGAUUUGGUGGACAGGUAUGAACAGAUUCAAUUAGAGGAGGAAGAAGAGGGUGUUCUCAUAACAGGUGAGAAUGAAGAAGAAGAGCAAGCUUUUGAUGAUAGAUGGUGUUUAGUGGGAAAGUUUCUCACUGGAAGAACUAUUGAUUUUGAUGCAAUGAGACACAUGAUGGCUUCUCUUUGGCAACCGGGAAGAGGUGUGUACAUCAAGGAAUUGGAUACCAAUCGAUAUCUUUUUCAGUUCUACCAUGAAAUCGAUAUCCAGGCUGUUAUUGACGGAAGUCCAUGGACCUUCAAUCGUAUCCAAUUGGUCUUUCAUAGGUUGAAGAGGGGGGAAGACCCUCGAUUGAUUCGUCUGCAUAAAUUGGAUAUGUGGAUCCAAUUGCAUGAUUUGAAGUAUGGAUUCAUGUCUGAUUGGGUUGUGAAACAUGUUGGUAAUUAUAUUGGCACGUACGUGAAGUCUGACCCGAAGAAUUUUGUCGGAAUAUGGCGGGAUUACCUCAGAGUUCGAGUCACUAUUGACAUAGAGAAACCUUUGAAGAGGCGCAAGAAACUGAUCAAGCCAAAUGGGGAUCGGAUUUGGACUACAUUCAAAUAUGAACACGCUCCUAUGUUUUGUUUCAUAUGUGGCCUUAUUGGUCACUCUGAAAAAUUUUGUCCAAAGAGAUUUGAAGAACACUAUGAUGACUCGAUUCGUAUGUAUGGAGAGUGGAUGAAAGCGCCUACUCGAAAAAAGAACUAUUUGAUAGGAGCCCAGUGGCUGCGUACAGGGCGUGAGGAGGAGGAAGGAGUUGCUGAUGGUGGUGAUCGGAGCCGGAGCAGGCGGGUGGAGGGGAUAAUUAAUGAUUCGGCUGUAAUUGGGAUUGAUAGAGAAAAUUAUGGAGGAGAUCAUGGGAUGCGUAUGGAUACAGCGCAUAGAAAUCGGCAGAGUGAGAAAUUUGUGGAAGUUAAUGCUAAGGAGAGUAAUGACCAAGAUUCUCAUGAGGAGGUAAGGGUAAUCAGUCAAUCUGAAAAGGAAACUAUGUUAAUUUUGGAAACAAAAAGGAGACGUACAGAGAAUGUUGAGCAGAGGACAUCACGUAUGAUUGAUGAUACUAUGGUAGAUAAUGUUGAUGAAGUCAACUAUAGCCAAAAAAACGAAGAGCAGGUGGGCCUUGGUGUUCAGGCCCACCAAUCAUCAUGA